AUGACACUAGUAGCCUAUUAUGACUUGGAGCUAUAUCAAAUAGAUGUGAAAACUAACUUUCUAAAUGGAAAUUUAAAGGAGGAUGUUUACAUGGACCAACCAAUGAGAUUCUCGUUUGAGGGAAAGGAACACAUGGUGUGCAAAUUAAAGAAAUCAAUAUAUGAACUUAAACAAGUUUCACGCCAGUGGUAUUUGAAGUUUAAUGAUACCAUUGUUUGCUUUGGAUUUAAGGAAAACAUUGUUGAUCGAUGCAUAUACUUGAAGGUCAAUGGGACUACUCCACUUUGGCGUAAUGGACCAGCUGAGAAACCGACUUUGUGUAAUGCUUGUGGAUCACGAUACAAGUUGAAAGGACACCUAGACAAUUAUCUCCCCAAGAAUGUCCAAUUUCAGCCACUCCUCAAGAAUUUAAAAAAUGUUCAUGCAGAUGGAAGCCAUGUCAAUGUUGAGAACGAACUUUCAAACAAUGUUCCACCAACUGAUCAUGAUGAUGAAAACAGCAACAAUUCAAGCCCAGAUUUCCAUCACAUAUCAGUACAAGACUUUGGGGAAAAAGUCCCUUCAAGGAAACGAUCACCGGUGGAGUACAGACAGAUGUCACCAAUGGAGAAGUUUCAGAAGCAACUUCUGAGAUUGUAUGAAUGUCAAAGGAAAUCAAAUGAGUCACCUCCAGAAGAGAGUUUAUUGGUGGAUAACGUGAACAACUUCAUACCCAGUAAUGAGAUAGGACUUGGAGCCAUGCUUCUUGUGACAGAUGCUGCUUCUGCAGAAUGCUCCUCAAUAGAUAACCAAGCGCAAUGAGAUUCGUCUAUGAGUCUAUGAAUCUGACCUGAUAUUGAGGUUUUCAUUUCUGAUGUGUUCACACAUUGGACGUGUAGAAUUAAUAUUUGAUCGUCUUAGCUUGCAUUAGAGCAAAGUAAGAUGUCCUUUAGGUGCAUUAUAUGAUUAUGAAUUAUCAGAAUAAUUAAUACUCGUAUAUAUAUGGGGUAUGGACCAACAACUGUUAUAUGUGUUUGGUGUG